AUGGCUGAGGUACUGCCGCUGCCUAUGACACCUUCCAGCACCAUCACGAUGCUACACUCCCGCCCGUCCUCCUCCGACGCCUUCCAGGGCUCUUCCCAACAGUUCUCGCAGUCACCGCGGCUAGUGAACUCGUCCCACAGCACCCAGGGCAGCAUGUACAAYGGGCAGAACACUCCAUACCGCGGCACUUCGGCCGCUCCUGUGCAGCCAUAUGCAUUCAACUCGACGCCGAAUCUGCGAAAGGACACGCGGACGUCCUCGGCGCCCCCGGCAGCCCACGCUGCUCUGCACAAGCACGCACACACACAAUCUGCUUCGGCGUCAUCCACAACGUCCUCGGAUGUAUCUUCACAGCCAUCGGCCAAGGAUGAUAGCGUCAUGGGUUCGCAGAAUGGCUCGCUCAUCAAUCUAUCUUCGGCAAUCCCGGACUUGUCGCUCACAUCCUUUGACUCUCAAGCGAAACCUUCCCCUGACAGAUAUCGCCGUCCGGCACAGAGGCGUAAUGAGUCCGCAAAUACGACGCCAAAGGCAUCGCAGCAAUCAAUCGCAACACUGCCUCUGGUGGACUCGACGACCGUGGCACAGCGGCCCACAAGCCCAACCCUGGACAGGCAAGAAAGCGUCGACGACAUGGCUCUGACCAAAUCUGCCAACUCGGCGGCGAAGCGAUAUCGACGUAGAAGCCUAAACGUGGCCACCCUGGAGACCUCGAAUACGCAAGCCUCUAUGGGCGCCCAAGGCGGCCAACGGCCCAGCUCUGGACACGGAUCAUCUACGGCGUCAACAAUACGGCCUGUAUCUUUCCACACACGUUCAGGCAGUGAUGACAGCCAGAAGUCGCACCGACAGAAGGAUUCUCAUGAGAAUGUCAAACCUGCAACAGGACUUCGCCCAGAGCAGAAGGGAGGCGUUCAAAUUCCGCCUCGCACUUCUUCGGAAGCCAACAUACGAAUCAAAGCACCUUCACCGCUGUCCAACAUGAGUGUCGAUGCCGAUACAACGACAUCCGCGGCGGGGCCGCCCAGUAAGCCCAGGACGUACGCUGCGGUGGCUCAAGCUGCGGUGCCCUCGGCAUCAGCUGCCGCACAGCAUUUGGCUGCCGUGUCGGACAAGGACCUUAAUAAAGGAAUGAAGUCACGUCUACGUCGUGCUUUCUCUUUCGGGAGCGCACAAGAGUUACGGAGAGGCGCCGCAGAGAACAGCAAUGUGGCCGCUCAACAGGCACAAAACGCAAGGGAGCAACAGCAAGCACAGAUUGAUGACGAGCUAGACGCCGAGCAGCAAGAGAUCGCGAGGAGACAGGAGGAGGCCGGAAUCGGUGCGGGCAUCUAUUCGGGGCAGGGUGGAUUUACUGGAUCUACGGACAACCUCUCCAUCUCGUCGACCGCUUCUUCGGCUUCGAUGAUGUUACGCAAGAUGGGUCGAGGAGCGAAAAAGAGCGCUAGAAGCAUCAAGGGGCUCUUCCGACCAAAGUCUGUCAUUGGCGUACCCGCAGCGGAUGGCCCUGUCCACACACAGGCCGGCGCCAUUGUGCAACCCAGUGUAGCACAGGUGUCGAUGGUGACCGUGGAAGCCGAGAGGCAAAAAGUCAACGUCAAUGAACACCCGACCGACAAGCACGGCAUCACUGGUUUCCCGAAGCUGGAGCGUAACUCAAUUGACGCAGCGAACGGGAUGGCCGCCCACGGCCAGGGCCAAAGGGCAUCCGGAGAUGACUCCACUUCUUCUCGACGCAGCGUCGUCGGCAGCGACAAGGAUCGCGCUGACAUUCUUGCCGCUGUCAAAAAGGGCAUCCUCAAACGUUCGGGUACCGGCUCACCGAGCGGCUCGCCAGUAAUCAGGCCGCGCGACGCGGCUUCUGAGAGCCCAGCACCCAGCAUGCCUAGCACACCAAAAGAUGUCCAGGGUCGUUCGGAGUCGCUGAAGAAUGUGAAUGGCGACUACUUUGGGCCUCGAUUGGCUGCUUCGCUUGCAAAGAGCAUGCCAAACACUCCAAACGGCUCGCGAUCCAUAUCAUUCAGCCCACGGAUCCAGUUCCAUGAUGCUUGGUCGAGCACCGAGUAUGAUCGCCGCGGCGAGAUUGCGACGUGCAAUCGCCUGACGCCAAUGCUCGCGCAGCAGAUCAAGGAAGAACUCAACACGUUCAAAAUGGAGAUGGAAGUGCAUGAAAUGAGCAAGCCUCACACACAUUUUUUUUGA